AUGCGGAGGGGGGGGGUCUCGGUGAGGGGGGGAGGGGGGCACCCGGCCGCCAUUUGGCGGCGGAGGCGGAGCGGCAGCGGAGGCGCCUCCCCGGGGCACCCCCUCCCCUCAGGGCCCGUCCCGCGCCGUCCUUCCGCCUCUUCCUCCUCCUCCUCCUCGUCCUCCUCCUCCGCUGCCCCCCCCCGUGAGGCGGCGGGACCGGCCGGGAGCGAUCGGUGCUCUCAGCUGCCCCCAGGUGCUCUCAGGUGUGCCCAGGACCCCCCCCAGGACGCCCCCCCCGGCCUCACCGGCACCGUGGAAGUGGAGUGUGAGGAGGAGGAGGAGGGCCCCGCGCACACAGGUGCCGCGGCGCAGGUGCCCUCGGGCAGGAUGACCGGCUCCAGCCCCGUGUCCCCGGCCUCGUCCUCGGGGGGCUCCCCCGGCAGCCCCUCCCCCCCCCGGGCCCCCCCGGCCGGCCCCGCCCCCCGAGGGCCCCCCCGAGGGCCCCCCCGGCCCCCCCGAGCCCCCCUGGCUGUGGGAGCGGAGCCCGGCCGAGAUCGCCGAGCAGGCCAAGCACGUAAGGGUUAA